UGCUGUCUAAACCAACCACAGUACACACCCGGUUAGGGGACGGGUCGAGCGUGGAAUUUAUAUAGCAGGAUGGGACCGCCGUCCAAUGACAACCGCCUUUUUGUGGGCGGGGUACCACGUACCAUGACCCAGGAACAGAUUCACAACAUGCUCGCCCAGCAAUUGGAUGGCGUGGUCAAUGUGCUCGCCUAUCGCUCGCCCACACACAAUAAUCGUGGCUUUGCCUUUGUCGACUUUGCCAAUCGCAAGCUAGCCGAGAUUGCCAUUGAGCGUAUGACAGCCCAUCAGAUUCUGUUGGGCUCACAUCGAGUUGAUGGUUCUUGGGCCCGACCCGAGGACAAACGAGGUCGAGGAGGUCCGCCACCUUCUCACGCUCCAGGAUCAGGCUAUGGACCGCCACACGAGCCCAUGCAUGGCCGUGGUGCCCCUGGGCCCGACUCCAUGCAAGCAUCAACGCUGCACAUUCCUCAACUGCCUCCCGGCACGACGGAGCGAGAUCUUGAUGCCCUCUUCUCGCGCUUCGGCCCGUUGGCCAGCAUCCAUCUCAAGCGUCACUUUGCCUUUGUCAAAUAUGUGUCACAACGUGAUGCAGAGCGAGCCCUGGCCGUGCCUGACUUGCGAUUGCUCGGACAGCCUAUUCAGGUGGCCUGGGCGCGCGAUCAGAUGAGUGGGGCAGCCAGUACUGGCCGCCCAACUUUACCACCACCCUCCAUUGAUUUUGGUGCGCCGCGUCCCAGCUUGAGCCGAGAGCGUGAGUAUGAGCCACCUGUAGCGGUGGCUCCAAAAAGCACGGAAGGCAACGUGAUUGACGGUAUUUACUAUUCCCCGUCCGGCGGUUCCUAUCGUUUUGCCGUGCGACCCUAAACAGGAGUCUUCAGAGUUGUGUGAUCAACAGCUCAAGUCCAUGGCGGGCUGUUUAGUUUGCCUUGUGGCGACGGCGGGGAGAAUGCAAAUUGUCAAUUGAUAGUUAAGGCUG